AUGAAAUUCGACGGGCACUUGUUCUACACAAUAAUUUGAGCUGCAGCUUGGUUCACAUGAAUGGUAUGGCUUAUCAUGUCAAUCAUAAACUUCAACAUUUGGGGUAUUCUGUUCUCGAUCAUCAUGCUGUUCUUUGCACCAGUUAUCUUAGAAGUUAUACUCAACAUUUAUGGUUUCUUAACCUCGAGUUCGUUAAGAAGGCAAGCUCACAAGCAUGAUUGUGAUGAAAUAUGAGACCUAAAGUUUCCAAUUGUUUACAGUGACACUUACAAGCAGACAAUACUGGGAUGCCAGAGGAAGAAGCAUGGCAUUGACAACGAUCUUGCCUACUAUAUCUACAGGACUCUUGAAGAGGAGGAAAUUCUUGAUUCUAAAGAUGAAGAAGAAUUGUGGUACGAAGAUGCAGCCAGAAGAAUCAUACAAGAUGAUGAAAAGAGCUCAGAUGCCAAUUCCUCAAUAGAAGAUGAAAAUGUGAUGAACAUACCUGGUGUUGAUAAUAAAGAAAGAAGUGAGAGAGAGAAGAGGAGGAAAAGGAACAAAGACCAAGCCAGAUCAAUAAAUAAAGAGCGUGAGCAGCUAGACAGGCAAAAAUAUAGUCCUGAAGAGGAAAAGAAUUUUUAUCAUGAACCAGAUUCUCCUACAAGAGCAUUCUUAAUGGACAAACUAAGUUUUUGGUAUUUGCUGAAAAUGUGCUAUUCUUGGCCUCUCUCUAAAUAUCUGGGAGUACCUGCUUAUUUUCUUCCUGGAUGGGUCAUCAGAUUUGGAGUUUUAAUACCACAAGCUCAAGUUGCAAAAGGAACAGUUGAUGGAAUAUGCUUGGCAAUUCGCCAUGGAUGGGCAAUAAACCUAGAUGGAGGAUAUACCCAUGCAUAUUCUUCAUCUGGAAGUAUGUUCAAUGUUUAUCCAGAUAUCACUUUAGCAAUCCAUUAUGCUAAGAAGUGGCAUGUUCAAAGCGCUAGAAGAAUUUUAGUAAUAAAUACAAGCGUCUGACAAGCAAACGGAGUUAUAACUGAUUAUCCAGAAGAUGAAGGGGUGUAUCUCUUAGACAUUUUUGACCCUAACUGAGAACCAAAAGAUACAAAAUCCCAGUUUAAAGUGCAUGAGAAGGUUACAGUCGGUUCGUUUGAUAAUGAUGACUCUUAUAUUACUAAAAUAAGACAUAAAGUAAAUCAAGCAUUGAGCAGUUAUGCUCCUGAUUUCGUUAUAUACAACGCUGGCUACGAUAUGAUUAGAGGAGAUCGUUAUGGCAACAUGCAAAUUUCAGAUUCAAUUCUUAUCCUUAGAGAUGAAUUAGUUUUUAGAGAAGUAAUUGAAGAUCAAGGUGUUCCAAUAUUAAUGACAGUAGGGGGAUGAUAUCAAAAUAAUGUUGAAUCGAUCAUUGCUAGAAGCAUUCGAAAUAUAAUUGUAAAAUUGCAAUUAUCAAAGAAGCCACUUUUUGUUUCUUCAGCUCAAAAUGUCAAAUUUGCAAGAAAAUUACAAAAUAAAUACAAUAGAUAUGAUAAUCAGGAGCUUGGAUUUACUCAAGAAUUAGCCGGAAGUCCCACGAGAAGAUCAAGUGCACAUCAGACAGUCAAAUUUGACCCUGAAAGAAGAUCGGAAGGAGCAAGAUUCGAGAAUAAGAGGAAUACUCUUAUGGUCAAUGCAACUGAAGAAAAGUAUAGAGAUACUUAUCAAAGGCUGAAGAAGGGAUUGUAUGAUCCAAAAGCAAUCGGAGUGGUUGAUAUAUUUUCUAAUGCAGUAUAAAACUCACUUUCAAU